AUGCCUCCACGUCACACCCCUCCUCCAGAACUCAUUCAACUGCAACUGCGCCAACCUUUGGAAGACAGUCAUCUUUACUGGUUCCGCCAAAUCGUCCUGGCAGUAGCAUUCCUCUAUUUCAAGCUGGUCUACAUCAACCACCUUCGACUGGCCGCUUUAGAUCUGCGGCAAAUGGAGCAACCAAAUCCGGAUCAGCAUUCAUCACACCUAGAACAGGCUUCCGAGACACCGAUCCAAUCUGCACCAUCAACCAAUCCAACAGUUAUUCAUGCUAUCACGCAGACCAUGAUCGGGGGGAGUUCUUGGAUAAGUACACCCGGCGAGUUGUUGGACUCUGUACUGGAGCUCAGCGGGCCCAGGCGCUUCCGGGUGAAUCGACUGCUCAAAGUGCCUACAUUGACACCGUUAAGUCCGUUAUUGAUCCCAAUCCCAUUCCUCCUACCUCGUGUCCUUGGCGACAUUGAUGCAUACGAGCUCGAAAUGUGGAGGUUUACAAACUCACCAGCUAAUUUCGUCGACAAUGAUCAUGAAGUGCUUGAGGUGCCAGUCAGCGAGGCAUUUUCUAAUAUGGGGGUUAAAAAACUCUUUACAAGGCAGGUAAUAGCAGGCUUGAACAUCUCAGCUGGAGAGGCACUGCUUGUCAAGUUUCCUGAGGACGACAGUGAGCAUUCAACACAUUCGAAGCUUCGUCUUCAAGUGCCACAAUUAGAUCCUCCUGUUCUCGAACUGUACUGUCUCAUUUGUGGCGAUGGCGCCAACCAUAUCUUUCUGGUCAAAAUUGCGAGUACAGAGUCUGUCGGCACCCUCAAGGAGAUCAUUAGGGAGAAGAAUAAGUUCGCUCUCGAACACAUGGACGCAAAGACCCUCACACUCUGGAAGGUUUCCAUCCCGGUCGAUGACAGUCUCAAGGAGAAUGUGAAGAAGGUUGAACUUAACGAUGAGGAAAUGCUAUCACCUUUUCCGCCCGGCAAGUCCAUAUCAUCCACUAGUCAACGUCCCCUAUUAUAUAAAGGCGACCGCGUCGCCGAAGCCCACAAGGCAUGGGGUUCAUCCGUUUCACAAGAGGCCCCUUCCUCAGGAGGCCUACCCAAAAGGUUUGUUGCCGUCCAGAAAAAGGACAAACCUGCGUUUGCGGAUACCCAUCUCACUAUAUUCAGCCAGUUCCAAGAUGACUGUAAAACUUAUACACCCACCAAGGAAGACCAUGAUUUCGCUUUAAAGUUCUCCCAUUCUAUGUCAAAUAUUUACGCCAACGAAGGGGACAGGGCUGACCAAGCUCGAAAAGAUUUCGCAAGCUAUGGUCUCGACUUGUUGCCCACCAGAAUUGGCAAGUAUUGGACUGAUGGAGAUCUUCGCUACAAGGGCUUUUGCUUUGCACUCAUCGAGGCCAAGGCAGAGCUUUCCACCGGCGGUGCUGAGCCUUUUUUCGAGGCUGCCUGGUACUAUAGUGCCUUCAUAAGGAACCACUUUGACGAAACCCGUUCACGUCUCCCUUGCUUUUGUUGGAGGAACACCACGCAUUAA